CCGUCACUCGUCCAUUCGGAGGGAAGAGGUCAGUCCAUCAAGUCCUUUCUGCCCUCACCUGAGAUUCAGUGAAGAAUCCCGACCAUCAUGAAGCUCUGGAGGAUUUCUUCGUCAGCCUCGCCGAUGUUUUCACCAUCGUUGGCUCUUCUAUCCUAUGUCUUGAUCUUCGCUUUCGUUGCUGGUCUACAGAUGCAGAACGUCGCAGCCGGGGGUACCUCAAACCAGAAGAUCUCUGGAGUUCGACUUCUAGAAAUAUUCGCCAGAGAAGAUUUUGAAUUUGAUGAAGGAUUGGAAGACGACAACGAAGAAGCCGACCAACUGGCAGACGAUGGCCUUUUGACAAAGGAUGACCUUCAAGACCUUGAAGAAGCCAAGGCGUCUUUUUACAUGAAUCCCAGUAGCAAAGCCGCAUUGAAUGCAACAAUAAAUGGAACGACGACCGUGACCGCAGGCAACACAUACACAUUUUACAGUCACAAUGAAUUCUCAGUGCUCCGCUACCCUAAUAACUACAUGCGGUACUUUAGCUUUGUCCGGGGUUCAUCAGUACAAAGUCUUCAAAUGUAUUGCUCCUACUUCCGGAUUGAAAGAAGCUUUAGGUGCUUCAAGGAUCGGGUUGUCCUCUACUCACCACCAGUCCCACCAAAAACUAGGAUUUGCGGAACACAUCACGGAUUUAAUAGAACAUAUACAAAUGACCUCCAUGUGGCGUUUAUAACCGACGAUGGAACAAGAAAACCAGGAUUCUGUUGUAUAAUCACUCCUAUUGCCAUCUCUACAUCCACUUCAACUAGCACGUCUACAUCUACCAGCACAACAACGACCAGUCCAACAACGACGUCUACAUCUACCAGCACAACAACGACCAGUCCAACAACGACGUCUACAUCUACCAGCACAACAACGACCCGUCCAACAUCGACGUCUACUUCUACAUCUACUUCUACAUCAACAUCAACAUCUACCUCUACCUCUACAUCUACAUCUACGUCUACGUCUACAUCUACAUCCACAUCUACAACCACAACUACAACACGCACUCCAACUUGCUGUGAAACCAUACCAAUAGUACCUAAUCCCAGACGAGUCGUUCGCUCCUGUGCUGAUUUGCUGCCUGGAUACAGUUACUGCCAGUGUACAAACAUGUCGAAUGGUGGCAUAUGUCUCAUAUGCAGUUUCUGUCAAACAUGUAACCUGCAAUUCCUCGCUGUACAUGACUUUUCGCAAACAAAACUCUAUAUCUACUUCAGUUUCCCUUGCACCAACUGCACUAUGAAUCUUGCAGUCAAUUCCUAUGGAUAUCCGCAAUAUGUUAAAGGGUAUGUUAACUGCCUCAACCCGUCUGCACACGUCACACUUCCCACUUAUUCAGUUGCUGAUUACGUCGUUGCAGUUUUCUGUCCGAUACCAGCAACUUUCGACAUCUGUGCAUAUUACCAAUCUCUAAUAAGUGGAUCGGGGAGAAGACUUUCCUUAGAAAGUGCUCAGCAGAAGGAAACUCGUCACCUUGUAAAAUCAUGCAAUGGAUAUCGACACCUUGUGGUUCUGGAGGAUAUUAUUGACUUCUCAACAAUAGACGCUCUAGACACAUAUCGAACAGUAACGGUCACAGGCGACCUUUGUAUCAAUUUUAAUCAUGGUGGAAUCAUAGACUUGACAGUAUUCCCUAACGUCCAGAAUGUAAAUCUAUACCUCUGCCACUCGUCCUUGAACUGUGGAGACAUAAUUCUGAACUCUUCCUGCAUCCAGCAAGUCACUGUUAGGCUCCCUAACGCCUCAAACUGCAAUUCUUCCUGCAUUGUCUCCAACCAAGCUGCUGCACCUAGUUCACCGAAUGUUGUCUGCCAGUAAUCGUCUCUCCAGCAUAAGUUCAUCACAUACGAUUCGACCGGUAACCAGUCAUAUUCUAACAAGAGCCAAUUUGAAUUCUCAUUUGAUCUUAAUGAGAAAUCUUAACACCAUACAUCUUUCAUAUGAAAUCAUCAUUUGUUUGAAACAAGUCAACCCGGUGAUAUUUUCCUCAAAAUUAUCUUCAAAUUUAUUGAAAGGACUUCAUUCUAAUCACAAAAACUGUAAGAUAAUCUUUCUUUUUCUGCAGUGAAAAUACAAGAGAAAAAGAGAUCCAACACUUUAUACAAGAAUGAGACCACCUAAUAUUGAAACAAAUAAAGAAUCGGGUAAUACUGUGAGAACUAAGGAGAAAAUAACUUUCUGGACCUUCCACAAGUGGAGUAUAGCUCAAUUUUAGCAAGCAAAGGAGGAAGCAAGGCAAUCACUCGACAGGGCUGACAAUAAAAAAUAAAAUAUAAUAAACAUAGAAAUAUUAAUAGUAACACAUGUUGGUAACCACCGUUACGCUUUGAUCUAAUGUACCUAGCAUUAAUUCAACAACUUAACAUUUCAUGGGGAAGUUGCUUUAAAGUUAUCAAGUAAAGGGAAGUUCCUUGAAGUGUCAUAGUGAAAUGUUGAAUAAAAAAGUUGUAAUCUUGCUAUCUUUAAAAAGAAACCAUUCGCUGUCCGACCACAGAUACUUAGGGAAUAGUGUUUACCUCAAUCACAGAGGCUCACGUUGCCCACUGUACAUGUACAAGUUCAGCAUCAAGUAAUGGGUUUCAGUGUAAAUACCUCUGAGCGAGUAACAUAUCUAAGAUACAAUGCAAAGACUGGCAUCCCACUUCCAUGCUUCUUAACCAAUUGGCAUUUUAGAUCAUAUUCCCUUUAUGAAACUUAAACUUUAUGCUGUUAUCACACAAUAAAUUAGCUGUAACCGAGAAGUCUGACUGACUGAAAAGUGAUUCAUUCGUUUAUUUUCAUACAACUUCCGUCACCUACUGCAGUUACAGUUACUGUUACUACUUCUAUUACCAUGAAACAAUUACCUUAAAUCAGGUUUGUAAAUUUUUUAUUACUAGCAUAUAAACUAUUCUUGUAAUAAUUACUAGCAUAGAAACUAUUCUUGUAAUAAAAAAAAGUUAAUUUUGCACUUGCCAAGAAAUAAAGACAUCUAAUCAAAUAA